ACAGCCAUGAAGAAAAAGGUGCUGCUGAUGGGGAAGAGCGGGUCGGGAAAGACCAGCAUGCGGUCGGUCAUCUUUGCGAACUGUACUGCUCGCGACACACGGUGCCUGGGUGCCACUGUGGACGUGGAGCGCUCGCACAUCCGGUUUCCGGGCGGCCUGGUGCUGAACCUGUGGGACUGUAGCGGGCAGGACGCCUUAAUGGAGAGCUGCUUCACUGGCCGGCGCGGCGGCGUCUUCCAGGACGUGGCAGCGCUGGUCUACGUGUUCGACGUGGAAAGCCGCGACCUGGAGAAGGACAUGCACUACUACCAGUCGUGCCUGGAGGCCAUUCUGCGCAGCUCUCCCGCGGCCAGCAUCUUCUGCCUGGUGCACAAGAUGGACCUGGUGCCGGAGGAACAGCGCGACCCGGUUUUCGCGGAGCGGGAGGAUGAUCUGCUGCGCUUGUCUCGCCCACUGGAGUGCGCAUGCUUCCGGACGUCCAUCUGGGACGAAACCCUCUACAGAGCCUGGUCCAGUGUGGUCUGCCAGCUGCUUCCCAACGUCCGUCAGCUGGAGGAGGACCUGAGUGCGUUUGCCCGAAUUAUCGAGGCCGAGGAGGUGCUGCUGUUUGAGAGCACCACGUUCCUGGUCAUCGCCCACUACCAGCAUGGAGAGCGGCGCGACGCCCGCGGGGCAGAGAGGAUCAGUAACAUCAUGAGGCAGUUCAGGCUGAGCUGCGGGAAGCUGGCUGCUGCUUUCCAGAGCAUGGAAGUGAGGAAUUCCCACUUCGCUGCUUUCAUCAACGCCUUCACGUCCAACACAUGUGUGAUGGUCGUGAUGUCGGAUCCGGCGAUCCCAUCGGCGGCGAUUCUGAUCAACAUACGAAAUGCGGGGAGGCACUUUGAGAAGCUGGAGAGGCCGGAGGGUCCCGAGCACAACCUCCUUGCGAGCUGA